AUGGAAGAAGUAGGGAAUGAGAAGAAGAUGGAAAUGGAAAUAAGGAGAGGUCCAUGGACUGCAGAGGAAGACAUGAAGCUCAUCAAUUACAUUGCUCUUCACGGUGAAGGAAGAUGGAACUCUCUCUCUCGUUCUGCUGGACUAAAUAGAACGGGGAAAAGUUGUAGAUUGCGGUGGCUAAAUUAUCUCCGGCCGGACAUUCGCCGUGGAGACAUAUCCCUCCAAGAGCAAUUCGUCAUCCUCGAACUCCAUUCUCGUUGGGGAAAUCGGUGGUCAAAGAUUGCUCAACAUUUACCUGGAAGAACAGAUAACGAGAUAAAGAAUUAUUGGAGAACACGUGUUCAAAAACAUGCCAAGCUUCUGAAAUGUGACGUGAACAGCAAGCAAUUCAAAGACACUUUGAAACAUCUUUGGAUGCCUCGUCUCGUCGAGAGAAUCGCAGCUUCCACUCAAAAUGUUGAAUUUACACCUUACGACUACUCGCCUGAGAACUCGAGCGUGGCCACUGCCACGUCAUCAUCGACGUCGUCGGAGUCCAUAGGAUCGAGUUUCUACGGUGGUGAUCAGGUGGAAUAUGGAACGUUGGAUCAGAUGACAAAUAAUGAUAGUACUUUAUUCAACAAUGGAGAUGCUUUCGAUAACAUGUGGAGUGUUGAUGAGCUCAAUAUUUGGCUUUUGCACAGCAAUUUAUGUGAUCUAAUCUAA